AUGCCUAAUGAAUCAUGUCUAUUCUAUUUCCAAUGCAGGGAAUCCUUGUUGAUUUAUUGUGUAACCCUGGCUGCUUUACAGAGCUGGCAAUUGAAGCUGCAUGUGCAAGAUCCCUGGUGGUUGAUACUUCAACUUCUUGCCAAGCCUAAGGUGCCUUGCAUUUUGGAAAGUUGGGUUGCAACUUCAUAUGGGAAGGAAGAAGUAUCUGCUGCAUUGUCCUGUUUUGACAAGUGUUAG